AUGGAUAAGGAGAAGAAGACUGCAGGACGCCAAUCAAUUCCUCUGGAAAGAAUAGAAGGCCCAGAGGAUCGCUACACUACAUUCUCUAAGCGGCGGUCGGGGUUAUAUAAGAAAGCAAAUAAUUUGGUUGAAGAAUGUGGCGUAGAUAUAGGAAUAGCUCUUUUUUCGCCGGCUGUUAAUCCAUUUUCUUUUUUUCACCCAACACCUAAUCUAAUCUUAGAUCAUGUUGAGAAUCCUAACAUCGAAUUGAGCGAAAGUACAAAACUUGCUGCAUAUGCACGAAAUAAUGUAAACCAAACCAACAAUACGAUUAAUGAGAUUGUGUCACAACCCGAAAUUCCAUCUUCAGGAUCGUGA